AUGGUGUAUCAUAAAAAACGAAAAACCAAUAGACCAACUAAAGGUAAAGUUAAUGAGAAUGAAAUGCGAGCAGCUGUUAAUGCAGUUCUUAAUGGUAGUAUAGUUUAUCGUGUAUCUAAAGAGAGGGGAAUCAAUUUAAUGACACUUAAGAGAUAUGUAAGAAAAUGUCAAUUAAAUCCAUAUACAGUCUGCAAACCUAACUUCAUUACCAUGCAAAUCUUUACCAACGAAGAAGAAACAUCUUUAUCAGAUUAUCUUUUAAGGGCCUCAAAACUUCACUAUGGAUUAUCAACCAAAACAACACGAAAACUUGCCUAUGAAUUUGCAAUGACUCUUUCUAAGCGCAUUCCUAAAUCGUGGAAAAGUUUACAAAUUGCUGGGAAACAGUGGCUUCGUGGUUUUAUGUUACGUAGAAAUGAGUUAUCUUUAAGAAAUCCAGAAGCUACUAGUAUGGCACGAGCAACUGCUUUUAAUUGUUAUACAGUCGGAGAAUUUUUCACUAAUUUAAAAGAUGUUCAUCUACGACACAAGUUUCAGCCACAAAACAUAUAUAAUGUUGAUGAGACAGGUCUCACAACUGUUCAAAAACCAGUUAAAGUAAUUGCUAAAAAAGGAGAUAAACAAGUUGGAAGGAUAACUUCAGUAGAAAGAGGGACAUUGGUAACAGUUUGUUGUGCACUCAAUGCAAUAGGAAACUCAAUCCCUCCAUUUUUUAUUUUUCCAAGAGUUCAUUUCAGAAGAAGUAAGAUAAAUGGUGGUCCACCUGGAUGUGUUGGGGUUGCAAACCCAUCUGGUUGGAUGAAUGUUGCAACGUUUUUAGAGUGGAUGAAAUAUUUUAUUCAAAAUUUUAAAUGUUCACCAGCUAAUCUAGUGCUUUUACUUCUUGACAACCACGAGAACCAUGUUUCAACUGUGUGUUUAGAUUUGGCUAAAAAAAAUGGCAUAACUAUGCUGUCUUUUCCACCACAUUGUAGUCACAAGUUGCAGCCAUUAGAUUGGUCAGUUUAUGGGCCACUGAAACGUUAUUACAAUGCAGCCUGUGAUGAUUGGAUUGUAUCUAAUCCAAGACCGAUGACCAUAUAUGAUAUAGCUUCAGUUGUAAGGAAAACCUAUGCACAAGCUUUUACUUUGUCUAACAUUUCUGCAGGAUUUGCUGGCAGGAGUUGA